AUGGCCUACAAACUGGUAUCAAUGGCAACCUUUCCUAAUGAGAUCGAGCCUGAUUCCGAAAACUGGACCUACACAAGGGAGAUGAUCACGUCCUACCCAUCUCUUGGAAGUGAAUGGAGGACAAACUACGAGUACAUGAAAAUGUACCCAUACAUCGAACGCUGGACCUUUGGCCAAAACUUGGGCAUUUUCUGGGUUACACGAAAGGUCUUCUGGGGUCCAAGGCGCUUUGUUGCAUUGGAGCAAGACUUCUGUAAUGAGCCAAUCACCGAGCCAUAUGAUGAGGCGUCUUGUUGGUUGCAUGUUGAGGAUGGUCGAAUCGGGCGCGCCGACUUUGUCUUGAAGCCCCUAGACGGCUCCAAAGAUGGGACAAGACUUAGGGUCGAGGUCGAAUGGUCUCCCACGGGCAACGAUGCUCUCAACAAGCCGUUUCCAAAAUAUGAAAAAUGGGCCGCUGCCAGUCGCAACACUUAUGGCUUGACCUGGGUCGGUCCGCUGUCUGAGAAGAAAAUGGAGAGGAUCAUAACCUUUCGCAUGCCUCGGGAUUUGGAGUCUCCUAUUGUUCAGAUGCUGGUGAUGCAGUUGGCCCGGGAGAGGGCGUUGAAAUACCCCGGCAAGGACGCUGGAAAGGCAGCCACUCCGACCAGGAGGUCUAACAAGACGGUCACUGUAACUGAGAAAGAGGUAGCGUGCACUACUGGCGUAAUUCAACGACGGAGGAAGUUUUCUGCGCUUCGCAGUUCUGGAUCCUUGGGAGUGUGCUUGCUUCCCACGUCCUGGUGGCAACGCUACAAGAAGAGCAGACAUCUCGGAAUGUGA